AUGGCCCACUCUACCCAAUGUUUUUUGCCAAAGUUCAGUCCUCUCUCUGAAGGCCCUAAGCGGCCAAUGUCGAUGAAGACGAGGACGAGCCGUUCAGAGACCACUCAGUUGGUUUCGGCAUGGCAUCAAGGGCAACUGGCCGCUCUGUUACAAACCACGUGGGCCUUGGUCCUUUACCGGUAUACCGGUUCUGGAGAUAUUUGUUUCGGUUUCCAACACGCAAGCGUGACCCAAUCUUCAAACACUUCAACUCUCUGUACAUAUGGGGUCACACUCAGCGAAAAUGACUCGAUUCGUGAAUUGCUCGAAAGAGUCAGAAGUCAUAAUGACCUCGCUAAUUCCGUUGAAAAAUGUGGAACGUGGAGCGCUACUCAGGAAGGCUUUCGGCUGUAUAACACUAUGAUGAUGAUCCGAAACUGUCGUGAUGUGACGAGAACCUCAAAAGACAUCCCAGUACAGCCGGUCGCGGCGGUAAUCACUCUCCCAAACGAGUGCCGCAUUCGCCUUCACGUGAAGAUCUUAAAUGAAGAUGUCGGCAUGUUUAUGGAGUGGUGGAAUAACGACAUGUCAACCGAGCAAAUGAAAAGCAUGUCCAGUUAUUUCCAGCAAGCCCUAACACGAGUUCUUGCGGCAGAUGAUGUAGCCGUGAGUAAACUGGGCGGCAUUUUAGACAGCGAUUUGUCUCGCGUCUAUAAGUUCAAUGCAGUAACGUUAGAGAGCCAUGACCGCUGUAUUCAUGAAGUCAUCCAUGAGCAGGCACUUCUUCGUCCUGAGAGAGAAGCCGUGUGUGCUUGGGAUGGAAGCUUGACCUAUAGCCAAUUGGAUUUGUUAGCUUCUCAACUUGCAUAUCACCUCCAAGCUCAAGGUGUUGGCCCGGAAGUCCGAGUAGCGCUAUGUUUUGAUAAAUCCAAAUGGAACACAGUAGCAUUGCUUGCUGUCUUGAAGGCUGGUGGUGCCUUCGUGCCCUUGGAUCCGGCACACCCCGUCCCUCGUCUGAAGUCUCUUGCGCAAUCCGUCCAGGCAAGCAUUAUGCUCUGUUCCAGAAACCAUGCCGAGAGCUUAAGUGCAGUUGUAGAGAACUUGAUACCAUUAGACAGUGACACUUGGGAUGAGCUUUCAAUUCCCCACGGAGAAGUACACCUCUCGAUAGAAGUGAAGAGCUGUAAUGCAGCCUAUGUGAUUUUUACCUCUGGAUCAACAGGAGAGCCAAAGGGUACAUUGAUGGAGCAUAAAGCAUAUGUCUCCAGUGCAAUGGCUCAUGCGCCGCAGCUUCGUGUAUUUUCUGAUUCACGAGUACUACAGUUUGCGGCACAUACAUUUGAUGCCAGUCUGGUUGAAAUUCUGACAGCGUUGUUGGUUGGGGCUUGCAUCUGUGUGCCAAGCGAGGAAGAACGCUUGAAUAGUAUAACGAAGGUAAUCAACGACAUGAGAGUGAACCAUGCCACUUUAACGCCAUCCUUCGUGGAUUUUAUCAAUAUAUCGGAUAUCCCAAGACUCGAAACUCUCGUGCUUGCUGGAGAGGCAAUGUCUCAGUCGCAGCUGGACACGUGGUCAAACAUCAACCUUGUGAAUGGAUUUGGUCCUACGGAGACUGCUGUUACGGCUGCAGUAAACUCAAAAGUCACCAAGUCUUCCGACUGCCGAGAUAUUGGUCUUCCUACAGGUGUCCAUUGCUGGAUUGUAGAUUCUGAGGAUCACAACCAGCUUGUUCCUGUUGGUUGUGUUGGGGAGAUGAUAGUUGAAGGGCCUUCUCUAGCUCGAGGAUAUGUCAAUAAUCAGCAAAAAACUGCCGAGGUUUUUAUUUAUGAUCCAGCCUGGGCGAAGGACAAGGAUGGAGGCUCGCCUGGUCGGAGAUUUUAUAAGACCGGUGAUUUGGUAAGGUACAACUCUGACGCUGGUUCACUGACGUAUCUAGGAAGGAAGGACACGCAAGUCAAGUUUCACGGACAAAGAAUCGAACUGGGUGAGAUCGAAGAUAACCUGAAUACUGACACAAAGAUAAAACACUGUCUUGUUUUCCUUCCAAAAUCCGGGUUUUCUGAAGGCAGACUAGCAGCAGUAUUAUCUUUGUCCAUUUUUGACGACAGCUCAGACUCAGAGCCAAAACCCCUGAGACUUCUUGAAGACUCGAAGAAGAAUGAGGCCAUCUCACAGAUUCGUGAUCGGUUGUCAGCGCGCUUACCAGCAUAUAUGAUUCCCACUGUGUGGUUGUGCGUUGAAACUUUGCCCUUCCUCGUAUCCGGUAAAUUGGACAGGAAAGCAACUGCAAACUGGGUUGGCAAACUGGGAGAAGAUCCAAACAUCCAACUCGCCAAACCCGAUUCUAUUUCUAACGAAGUGAACAUUCGGUCUGAAAAUGCGACAGAGGAGCAACUGGCGUUGAUCUGGAGCCGAGUCCUCAACGUGCCUCGAAGCCAUAUCAGCCUCGACGAAAGCUUUUUAAGUCUAGGAGGUGACUCGAUUGCAGGCCUGACAUGCGUUGGCUACUGUAAGAAGCAGGGAAUUGGCAUUACGGUACAAGAUGUGCUUCGCAGCAAGUCCAUUAGGGACCUGGCGACGCGUGCAAAAGAGAUUCAGCAGCUAGCAUCCUACGAGGAGGUGAUUGAAAAACCAUUCGACCUUUCGCCCAUUCAAAAGCUACAUUUCAUGGUGCGUAAGGAGGGCCAGGGGCAUUUCAACCAGAGCGUACUUACUCGCCUGAAUAAACAUGUCGAUAAUCAUGAUCUACGUCGCAGCGUUGAAACAUUGGUCAGUCAGCAUUCUAUGCUUAGGUCACGGUUGACCGCAUUGGGUGCUGGAGAGCUGCAGCAGCGUAUUACAGAAGACGUCCCUGGUUCUUACCGUUGGGGCAUGCACGACGUGUGCGGCCAACAGGAGAUUGAGCAUGUCAUUGCCGAUAGCCAGUCAUGCAUCAAUGCAUUCACUGGGCCAGUAUUAGCGGUCGAUAUUUUUGAUGUAAAUGGGAAGGACCGUGUCUUAUCCCUCAUUGCUCACCAUCUAGUUGUGGAUAUUGUUUCAUGGCGGAUUAUCUUGGAAGAUUUGGAGGAUCUACUUUCGAAUCCGCAUGAAGCUUCGUCGCAAAGUGGCUCUCUGCCUUUCCAGACAUGGUGUCAGUUACAAACAGCACAAUGCCAGAAACCGGACACGGGGAGGGGAUUGGAAACUCUUCCUGCUCCGGAUUUCGCAUACUGGGGAAUGGAAAACCGCCCCACUACUUACGGGGACGUGGAUUGUGAAACCUUCGAGGUUGAUGUGGAGAGCACCCACACCCUCUUGAUGGACUGUCACCAAAGCCUUCAGACAGAGCCUAUUGAAGUUUUUCUGGCCUCGCUUUUACACUCGUUCCAGCAGACUUUCAACGACCGAUCUUUACCAGUGAUCUACAAUGAAGGUCAUGGCAGAGAGGUUUGGGACAGUGCGAUAGAUAUUUCACGUACCGUGGGAUGGUUCACCAUUUUACACCCAAUAGCAUUACAGCGCAUUGCGGAAGAUGACCCUGUAAAGACAGUUGUACGUGUUAAAGAUCUUCGUCGACGUGUUACCGAUAACGGCAGGCAAGAAUUUGCACGGCGCCUGGUUGGAGUUGAGAAGGACCGUGGACAUCAUUGCCCCAUGGAAAUUUCAUUCAAUUACGUCGGUCAGCACCGAGACUUGCAGAGACAGGAUGGUGUAUUCCAGCUUAUGAAUCAAAUGGCUGGAGAGACUGGUCAGGGUGGAGGAGCAGCCGACUUUGGCGAGGAUACUCCGCGGUUUGCACUCUUUGAGAUUUCUGCGAUGGUAGCCCAGGGACGACUACGCUUUACAUUUUCAUUCAACAGAUAUAUGGAACAUCAACAGCCCAUCCGGGAUUGGAUCUCAAGCUGCCAUAAUCUGCUUAAGCACCUUGGCCCAAAGCUACGAUCCCUUGCACCAAAACCAACAUUGAGCAGUUUCCCAAUGCUUUCUUUAACAUAUGAGGAGCUUGAGACAAUAUUGUUGGAUAAGUUGCCGAGCGUUGGAAUUGAUUCUCCCGACAAAGUAGAGGACAUAUAUCCUUGUUCGCGCAUGCAGCAGGGUAUUCUUUUAAGCCGUUCUCGAGAUGAAAGUCUCUAUUCUGUGCACGACACAUUCGAGGUGAAGGGCUUAGGGAGCGAACCUGAUCUCAAUCGGCUGGUGCUUGCUUGGCAAGAAGUUGUGAUGCAUCAUGCAAUGUUACGGACCAUAUUUGUGGACAAACUCACUAGUCGGGAGUUGUUUUGCCAGGUGGUUCUAAAAACUUUUGAUUCUCAACCGAAGAUCAUGAGAGGCAUGAGCGAGAGUGAUGUGCUGGCCACGUUUGACGAGCAGGGACCAAUGACCUAUUUCGCACAUCGACCACCCCAUCGAUUCACUAUCUGCCAGACUACUACUGGAAAAAUAUUCUGUAGACUUGAGAUAAACCAUGCCUCUAUGGAUGGUUCUUCAAUAUCUAUUAUUGUCCGAGAUUUACAGUUGGCAUAUGGUGGGAAGCUUGAAACACACCACGGACCGAUGUUCAGGAACGUUCUGCAGUACUUGCGGGAGCAGGAUGACAGCACUGAGUAUUGGUCCUCCUAUUUGUCAAACUCUAGGCCUUGCCUUUUCCCCCUCCUCAAUGAUGGCAGCCCCUCCAAUAAACAGCUUCGAAGCAUUAGGCUGAAUGUUAGCUUCUAUAGCGAACUUCUAGGAGCAUGUGAGAAGGGUGCGGUAACUCUAUCGACAGCAAUUAGUACAGCCUGGGGACUCACUCUUCGUCAAUUCUGUGGAUCCAAUGAUGUUUGUUUCAGCUACCUGGCCUCUUUGAGAGAUAUGCCGGUCGAAGACAUUGAGUCCAUUGUCGGGCCUGUUAUAACGCUUUUGGCCUGCCGUAUGAGGAUACCUGAGAGCAGUUUGAUAAAAGAUCUUCUAUGUCAGGUCCAAAAUGAUUAUAUGGAACAGCUGUCUCACAGAAACACGUCCCUAAUAGAUAUACAACACGCCUUGAAACUGUCGGACACAACGUUGUUCAACACUGGUGUCUCAUACAGGAAACUCCUACCAAGUACAGCCAGCAAUAAUGAAGAGGUACAGUUUGUGGAGGUAGGAUCUAUAUACGAUCCUGCAGAAUUCCCACUGUAUGUCAAUGUCGAAGUUGCUGAUGAUGAUGCGCACAUUGACUUGAACUACUGGACAACGGCUUUGUCAGAUUGCCAAGCAGACAAUGUUGCUAGUGUAUUCCUCAAGGCUUUGGAGAAUAUAGUCUACUGCCAAGAUAACAAGGUUAUUUCGAUCGAUGGACUGAGCGACCAGAACAAGCAGCAGAUAGCAGCAUGGAACAGCCAAGCACACAAGGCCAUUGACAAGAGUGUCCGCGAGAUGUUUGACGAAAAGGUGGAGUCUCGCCCGGAUGCUCCUGCCAUAAAAGCCUGGGACGGAGAACUUACAUAUGCUAAACUCGAUGAGCUCUCUUCGAUUCUUGCAAACUACCUCACAAAGCUUGGUGUGGGCUCAGGUGCUUUGGUACCCCUAGACAUUGGCAAGUCUAUGUGGCAAGCUGUUUCUGUACUAGCGGUGUUGAAAGCAGGAGGAAUUGGUGUCCCAAUGGGCGGCACCGAGUCGCAGACUUCCUUUCUUAAUCGGCUUGUCGAUGAUGGAGCACAGGUAGCGCUUGCAUCGCCAGACAGAGCUCAGUUACUCGAAGCCACAAUGCCUUACGUUGUUCCUAUGAGCUGGUCGCUUUUUGAGUGUCUCUCAAAUGAGCCUGUCUCUGUCCCUGUUCAGCCGUCAGAUGACUGCUACGUUAUUUUUACUGAGGGAAGCUCUUCAAACCCUAAAGCACUUGUCCUAAACCACAAUGCUAUCCUGGCCAGAGCAGAAGCUUUCAUUUCAGCGCUCAACAUGACCCCUGAAACCAGGGUAUUCCAGCUUUCCCCCUAUACGUCUGACAUGUUCGUUCAGGAACUCUUCGGCUCUUUUAUGUGUGGCGGAUGUGUUUGUAUCCCAUCCGAGAAUGAGAAAGCCAAGUUUUCAACUUCCAUCAAUACAUUACGCGCAAACCUAGUAAAUGUGACUCCGACCGUCGCUUCUUUCAUUCGUCCGGCAGAUGUUCCUGGCGUCCAAUGUCUCUCACUGUUCGGUGAACGCCUGACUGAGAAAGUCAAAUCCAUCUGGUUAUCCAAAGUCAAAUUGCAUACAUUCUACGGAACAGCAGAAUAUUCCUCGACAUGUGUUCACAAUGCAGAUGAUAGAACAAGUGAGCCGGAAAAGAUUGGACUGGGUAAUGGCUGUGUCACAUGGCUUGUUGAUCCUUCCGACUACAAUGUCCUAGUUCCUGUAGGGUGCACUGGAGAGCUAGUGCUAGAAGGGCCCGGUAUUGCCCAGAGAUACUUUAACGACGAGAAACAAAAAAAUCAAAGCUUUAUUGAGAACCCUGAAUGGAGCACGGAGUUUGGAAAGCGAGCAGCUGGCGAUGAAGAAGAGUUGUCUAGACGUAUGCUCAGGACGGGAGACUUGGCUCGAUACAAUUCAGAUGGGACACUGGUGUACAUGGGAAGAAAGGAUGGAGUGAUUGAGCGCGGAAUGCAAGAGGACAUUCGAAAAAUCGAGCAGCGUAUCGACUUGGCCCUAUUGACGGAUAAUCGUUCGGUGGUAGAGGUGAUUGACUGUUGCAACGAGCAAGGAACAACAGGCUGUCUUGCAGUCUUCAUACUCUUUGAGGAUCGCUACGUUACGGAAACAGAGGCAUCUCGUCACAUCAUUGCGCACUCCUCCCCCGAAUUCCAUGCUCUUGCGACCAGAGUGUUCAAGACUUUGUUACGUUCACUGCCAGCGACUCAAGUGCCGAGUUUCUAUUUUCCAGUACAUGAUAUACCUUUGAGGUCGUCUGGUCGGCUAGACCGCCAGGCCCUGAGAGAUGCUGCUCAAGGCCUCUCUGAAAGUACUCGACUCGAAUUCACUGUUAAGAAGAUAAAGGGCCCUUAUUACACCAAUGCUAAUACAGAGUACUGGAAAGAAUACUUAGCUGACGCUGAACCCUGUCUUUUCCCGUCCCUAUUUCACACGGCAGUCGAAAGAGAACAUGGUGUGGUUCAUUUGAAGGUCAAUGAUGAAGCAAAAGUACAGAAGGUGUGCCAAACGGCCGAAGUGACUAUGAAUUCUCUUUUACAUAUUAUCUGGGGCUUAGUCCUACGUUGCUAUACGGGCUUGGAGGACGUCUGUUUCGGUUACCGGACGUCGGACACACCGGAAAUGCUACCUUGCAGAAUAAACUUGAAAGACGAUAUCGAACUCGAGAGGGUGGUGCAGAAGAGAAAUGAAGAGUUGAAUCAAGGGGCGAAGCAUUCCAUCACUCUCUCCGAGAUCCAACUAGGGCUUGGCUUGCAGGACACAUCGAUUUUCAAUACUGCUUUCGUAUCAGAAUACUCAACUGCUACGGACUUGAUCGAUGGAUUAUUCACGUUAAAUGCGUAUAUGAUUGUGGUCGACACGAAAGAGUUCGAUUCGCUAGAAAAGAUCUCUUUUUACUACUCAAGAGAAUGUCUGUCCGACGCAAACAUCUCCGACAUCGUUGACUGUUUCGAGCAUAUACUGAACUCCGUCCUUUAUAAUACCUCACGGGGAAAGACGGUGGGUGAUAUCGACUUUUUCAGUGAACAAUCUUGUAAGAAGAUAGGCGAGUGGAAUACGAAACUUCCGGAGACACCUGAGAAAUGUGCGCAUGAAGUCAUUCGACAACAGGUUUUAUGCCUCCCGCUGUCAACUCCCGCAAUCUGCUCAUGGGAUACGAACCUCACAUACUCCGAGGUAGAGCACCUAACAACUCGACUGGCUCACUAUUUGGUAGGAGUUGGAGUUGGCCCCGAGAACUUUGUGGCUUUGUUUUUCGAGAAGUCAGCUUGGUAUGUUAUCGCUCAAGUCGCUGUACUAAAGGCUGGCGGCGCAUUCGUCUCCCUAGAUCCUAGUCAUCCAGAAGCUCGGCUGCGGGGCCUAGUAGGCGACGUUGGAGCUCAUGUCAUGUUAUGCUCCGCUAAGCAUUACGAGAAAGCGUCCCGGCUUUGUAACAUUGCGUUUGUAGUCUGCGAGGCUACAAUUGAUGGACUCACAGGUCCAGCAACUGUCAUCCCUGCUGCUACCCUAAAAGUCAACAAUGCAGCUUAUGCCAUUUUCACAUCCGGUACCACAGGAAAGCCGAAGGUGUCAGUCAUUGAGCACAUUGGGCUUGGAAUAGCUGCCAAAACGUUUACCAAGACAUUUAGAAUGGGCCCAAAGACUCGUGUUCUUCAGUUCUCGAAUUACAUAUUCGACGUCAACGUGAUGGAAACAGUUAUCACCCUUAUGACAGGCGGCUGUAUAUGCAUUCCUAGCGAGGAAGAGCGGAUGAACGACUUGUCUGGAGCAAUUAGUAGAAUGGCAGCUAAUCUGUGCUGCUUGACCCCAUCCGCAGCAAGUACUCUAAAUCCAGAUUCCGUUCCUACAUUGAAAACCAUCAUAAUGGGAGGAGAGAAGAUGACGAUCAGCCAUGUCGAUCGCUGGGCAGACAGAUGUGUCAUCAACGCAUACGGACCUUCUGAAGCUACCGUGGCUUCUACAGCAAGCGUAAAGGCAGAUGGAGGAAGACGCCUUACUGAUGACUGUAACUCAAUCGGUACUGCGUUUGCUGGCAGGACAUGGAUCGUUGACCCUCAGAAUUACCAUCGCCUUCUCCCUAUCGGAGCAGUUGGUGAAUUGAUAUUAGAAAGCUGCAAUGUUGCACGUGGCUAUCUCAACAAUGCUGAAAAAACUAAAGAGGUCUUCAUCACAGAUCCCCAGUGGAUUGAACAUAAGGGACUACAGGAGAUCUUCAAGCAUAAAGAGCGGAUGUACCGCACCGGAGAUCUUGUUCGUUAUAAUUCCGACGGCAGUCUUUGCUUUGUUUCGCGCAAAGACACCCAGAUCAAACUCAAUGGUCAGCGCGUCGAGCUUGGAGAAAUUGAACAACAAUGCAUUGGCUAUUUGCCAACAAACACCCAGGUUGCCGUUGAGGUGGUCAGCCCACAAGCAAGGACUGUGGCAAAAUGCCUAGCUGUAUUCUUUACUAUUGAUGUCAAUAGUCAUAGUGAAGAAAAUGGUCUAGACCUACUACUUUCCAUGGAUGAAGCCACUGUGGACAUGGUGGAGAAACUGCAUAGCUCUCUGAAAGAGACCUUACCGACUGUUAUGAUACCGAAGCUCUUCUUCCCAAUAAGUCGCCUACCUUUUGCAGCGACUGGAAAGCUCGACCGUAAAGGUCUCCGUGCCAUGGUUGAGCCUCUGCCAAAAGAAGAGCUGAAGCAAUAUACUACCUUCAGUGCUGGCUCUAGGCAAAUCUCAGAAGAGGAACCCGAGGGUAAACUUAGGACUUUGUGGGAAGAAGCAUUGGGACUUGCACCGGGCUCUGUCAACACCGAAGACAGCUUCUUUGGGAUUGGUGGCGACUCUCUUUCAGCCAUGAAACUCGUGGGCGCCGCUCAUUCUCACGGAAUCGCGCUCACUGUUGCAGAUAUAUAUGCGAACCCUAUCUUGAUAGAAAUGGCAAAGAUCUGUGAGCCUUCUAAAACAGAAACUAAUAAAAUGACUGUCGAACCAUUUAGUCUUCUACCUGCUUCUUUGACCCGCGAAGACGCCUUACAAGAGGCUGCUGACCAGUGCUGUGUAUCUAAAGGAUCAGUAUCUGACAUCUAUCCUUGCAGUCCAGUACAAGAAGGUCUCAUUACACUCUCAAUGAAGCAGCAAGGAGCUUAUGUCGCUCGACCAAUAUUCAAGCUUACCAGCAAAGUUGACUUGAAGCGAUUCAAAGCUGCGUGGCAGAAAACUGUGGAUGAAUUUGACAUUCUACGGACUCGUAUCAUACACACAGAUUCUAUGGGGUUUGUUCAAGUUGUGCUUAGCGAGGGACCCAUUUCUUGGACUACUGCAACGACAAUCGAUGAUAUCAUGGAUGACAUACCUGAGCUGCCAAAUCAUAAUGGAGGGUUGCUGACUGACUAUUCCAUUGUUCAGUCUGAAAACUCCUCUAUCCGCUAUUUUAUUUGGACAGUACACCAUGCACUAUACGAUGGAUGGAGUGUGCCGUUGGUCCUCAAGAGGGUAGAGGAGCUAUAUAAGGACUCUUCGGCUAACUGCUCCACUCUUCCAUACAAGUUGUUUAUAAGCCACCUCCAGGACAAAGACUUGUCCCAUUCAGACAAGUUCUGGAAAACACAGCUCGCAGAUAUCUCAUGCUCGCCUUUCCCUCAAAGCAAAGCCUCUUUGCCGGAUGCUGUACGUGUGGGAAAUCGGCAUUAUAGCAGUAUGGAGAUCAGCCGGAUCCCAGAGAGCAAAUACUUAACUCUACCCGAGCUGAUUCGCGCUGCGUGGGCCAUCGUUAUCUCUGCCCACACUGGCUCUAAUGAUGUCUGCUUUGGGGAAACACUUAUGGGAAGGAACAUCAAUCUACGUGGAAUUACUGAUGUCGCUGGGCCUGUCCUUACAACAGUUCCUACACGCAUACAGGUUGAUAACGAGCUGUUAGUCUCCCAAUUCUUGCAGGACAUACGCAAGCUCACCACGGCGAUGAUACCUCAUCAGCACUCUGGACUUCAACGAAUACGCAAACUCAGUGAUAACACAGCCGUCGCUUGUGAUUUCCAAAACCUUCUAGUAAUACAGACAGAAGAGGGAAAUAUGAAUGAAGACCUGUGGGUUCCAGAGAAUAACCAGACAAGCGGAGAUUUCUUCACUCAUCCACUUACUGUUGAAUGCAAGAUCAGCAACCUAAGAUUGGUCCUGACUGUCCAUCAUGAUGAGAUUUUGCUUACGUUCUCUGAAAAGGAUACAAGAAAGGUUGGAGACCUUGAAGUUGCUAGUCCCCAGGACAAGCAAGAGAUCUAUUCGUGGAAUCAGCGUCAUCCAACUCUCGUCGAUAGAUGUGUUCAUGAUAUCAUCCGUGAGAAGGGAUCAAUGCAGCCUGAAGCGCCGGCUAUCUGUGCUUGGGACGGUCAGCUUUCUUACAGAGAAAUGUAUGGAUAUGCUUCGUCAUUCGCAGCCUAUCUUAAUUCCCGUGGAGUUGGUCCUGAAACAUUAGUGCCUGUUUGCUUGGAUAAAUCUGUCUGGGCAAUAGUCACUAUCCUGGGUGUUCUUAUCGCUGGUGGGGCGUUCGUGCCUCUGGAUCCUGCUCAUCCAACGUCAAGACACGAAGAGAUCCUUGAAGAGAUUGAAGCACGGGUAAUUCUAUGCUCAUCUCAAUAUCGCAACAGAUACGCAGGAUCUGUUAAGACGAUUGUCCCUAUCAGCCAAGAGACUAUCCGAGCCUACAGUGCUCUUACGAGGAAGGCCUCAACCUCUAAUCUUGCCACACCAUCGAACAUGGCCUAUGCAAUCUUCACCUCUGGGAGCACAGGACGCCCCAAAGGUAUCAUUAUUGAGCACCGCGCUUUGGCAAGCAGUGCUGCCGCUUUCUCGCCCAUUGUGCAUUUGAACGAAAAUGCUCGAGCCUUCCAGUUUGCUUCUCUUACAUUUGAUGCCGCAGUUAUGGAAGUCCUUGCCACCCUGAUGCAUGGAGGUUGUAUAUGCAUUCCGAGUGAAGAGGAGCGCUUAAAUGACGUUGCCGGUGCUAUUCGGCGAAUGGACGUCUCGUGGGCUUUCUUGACUCCGUCGAUAGCAAGCAUUAUCGAACCAUUGACAGUGCCGUCUUUGAAAGUGCUUGCUUGCGGUGGGGAGAAGCUGUCUCGGGAGGUAGUUCUGAAGUGGGCCCAUCGCGUUAAACUAAUCAAUGGCUAUGGACCAACAGAGACAACUAUCUUUGCAGUCCUGAACGACGUAACACCGAGCACUAAUCCUGCUUAUAUUGGCUACGGCAUACCUUCCACCUUGACGUGGGUUGUUGACCCUGAGAAUCAUAACCGGCUUUCUCCGUUGGGUGCCAUCGGAGAACUAGCUUUGGAAGGCGCUGCCCUAGCAAGAGAAUACCUCAAAAGUCCUGCGAAAACUGCGGAAGCUUUUGUUAAUGAACCAACAUGGAUAAAUGACUUUCCGAGUUCCCUGCCUUCUCCAAGGAGGAUCUACAAGACUGGCGAUCUGGUCAGGUACAACUCAGACGGCUCAAUAGAAUAUAUCAGUCGGAAAGAUAACCAAGUUAAGAUCAAUGGUCUCCGUAUGGAGCUUGGUGAAAUCGAGCAUCGCCUAUGCGGAGAUCGUCGGGUGCGCCAUGCUGUUGUGAUCCUUCCAAAGUUGGGACUCAUUCAGAAACGUCUGGUUGCAAUCCUGUCCUUAGAGUCCUUGAAUUCAGGGAAUGGUCUUGAUUCGGAUGGGGUAUGCGAGCUCAUCAGCCAAGAUCAGAUGGAUGUCGCAUAUUCUGAACUCCAGGAGAUCCAGAAAAGCCUUGAGUCACAGCUACCCAUCUACAUGGUUCCCCAGACAUGGGCUGUGAUUGGAAAGCUUCCAAUGCUAGUCUCAGGAAAGUUAGACCGGAAAAAGAUAACAGCUUGGAUUGAGAACAUCAAUGAAGAGACAUAUGAUCGUAUAAUGCAGGAUUACGACAACAUCAAACGAGGAAAUACUGACCACAAGAAUGAGGACGACAAUGGUUCCUCUAUUAACAUCCUUCGUGAUAUCUUCACUCAGGUGCUCAACGUUCCAUCAUCAAAGAUUGAUCCUAGCCGGUCAUUUGUUAGCUUGGGAGGUGACAGUAUCACAGGAAUGGCAGUCAUUUCUAGGGCUCGCAAGCACGGACUCAAUUUGACCCUCCACAAUAUACUUCAGAGCAACUCAAUGACCGAGCUUGCUCUUACUUCUGUCGCCACCGUCCAGGAAGUCCAACACCAGGAGAAGUCUGGGGAAUUGUUUAACCUUUCGCCAAUCCAAGGGCUGUACAUUCAGACGGCCGACCAAUUCCAGGGUAGAGCUCGCUUCAAUCAAAGCAUGACCGUCCGCCUUACAAGAAGGACAAGAUCCGAUGUUGUGAAGAAUGCUGUCAAGGGGGUUGUUGACCGACAUUCUAUGUUUAGGGCACGGUUCUGCAAGUCCCCAGAUGGAAACUGGAAACAGAAGAUUACCAAGGAUAUUAAUUCAUCGUAUCAGUUCCGCACGCACUCGAUCAACGACUCAUCUGACAUGUUGUCCAAGAUCUCGGAAAGCCAGGAGUGUCUGGAUAUCCAGAAUGGACCGAUCUUUGCGGCAGAUCUGUUUGAAGUACGCAGCCACGAGCAAUUUCUUUUCAUCGUAGCCAACCACUUUUGUGUUGAUAUGGUCUCCUGGAGGAUAGUCUUACAGGAUUUGCAAGACUUUAUUGAAAAUGGUGCCCUGCCCUCUGAUAAGCCGCUGUCAUUCCAGGGCUGGUGUGACCUCCAAGCGGAGAAUAGCAAACGGAAAAAUGGGAUCAUUGAACUUCCUUUCUCCAUUGAGCAGCCUAAUAUAGCUUACUGGGGCAUGGCAGACUCACCAAACCUCUAUGGUCACGUUAAAAUCGAGUCUUUUACACUGACCGAAGAGGCUACUGCGUUUAUUCUUGGCCGCUGCCAUGAAGCUCUCCAAACAGAGACCGUAGAAGUCCUGCUCUCAAGUAUCAUCCAUUCUUUCCGUCAGGUGUUUGUCGACCGGAAAGUUCCAACAAUUUAUAACGAGGGCCAUGGUCGCGAAACUUGGGAUUCUACUAUUGAUCUUUCCAGAACUGUUGGUUGGUUCACGACACUAUGUCCUCUACAUGUUGACGAAGGCUCAGGCAUUGUCAAUACUCUGAAGCGAGUUAAGGAUACUCGGCGCAAGAUUGCUAAUAAUAGCCGGUCUUACUUUGCCCAGAGCCUCCUCCAUCCAACAGGGGAUGGGCCUACAAAUUUCCCCGUUCCUUUGGAGGUAGUCUUCAAUUACCUUGGCCAACUUCAACAGUUGGAACGCAAGGAAUCUCUUUUCCAACAUUAUGGGGGCGCAUUUGAUGCUGAAUUUUUUGAACUGGCAGGUGACAUGGGGCCUGAAACGCCGCGAUUCGCGCUCUUUGAGAUUUCAGCAAUUAUCAUCAAAGACAAGCUCAAUAUUUCUUUCACGUACAACAGAAACAUGCGACACAAAUCACGCAUUCAGGAUUGGAUUUUUAAGUGCAGAAGGACCCUCGAAGGGGAGAUUCUUUCUCUUAAAGACUAUCUGCCGGAGCCGACUCUCAGUGACUAUCCCUUGCUCCCGACAACCUACGGUGGAUUGGAUGACCUUGUCAAGAAAACGUUGCCUAGAAUUGGAGUUGAGAGCUGGAAUAAAGUUGAAGAUAUCUAUCCGUGCUCACCAGUGCAAGAAGGUAUCCUCCUCAGCCAACUUCGUGAUCCACGCGGGUACAUGUUCCAUGGCAUUUUUGAAGUCCGUUCUCUCCAGGGCAAACGUAUAGACCCAGCAUCGCUCCGAAGGGCAUGGACAAUGGUAGUCAACCGACACCCGGCCUUGCGUACACUGUUCAUCGAGAGUAAUUACAAGGGCGGGGCAUUCGACCAGCUGGUACUCAAGGUGUCUGAUGAUGCUGUUCUCGAAUUCGAGUGCGACGAAUCGCUUGCAUUUGUUAAGCUCGAUCAGGUCAAGCUCCAGGAUAUAAAUGCCAACAGACGUACAAAGCUUCCACAACAAUUGAUAAUCUGCACGACAACUUCUGGACGAGUGUUCAUGAAAAUCGAGAUGAAUCAUGCGAUCGUUGAUGGUGGCUCAAUUGACGUUCUCUUCAGGGAUCUAGCGUUAGCGUACAACAACCAGCUUCCUGCAGGACCAGGGCCUCGAUACAGCGACUAUAUCAAAUAUAUCAGGAGCCAAGCACAUGGGAAGGCGUUGGAACAUUGGAAGCAAUACCUCUCUGGGGUCCGGCCUUGCCAUUUAUCGUUCCCUUCUAACCAAAGAGGUGAUCGCCAAUUGGGCUCCCACUUGAUGAGCUUCGACCGUUUCUCUGAAUUGCAAAGGUUCUGUGAAGACAACUCUAUAACUCUUGCUAAUUUAACGCUUACAACCUGGGCUGUCGUUCUCCGGAGCUUCACAGGCUCGGAUGAUAUCUGCUUUGGCUACCCUUCCGCUGGCCGUGACUCUCCAAUUCCCGGAAUACACGACGCGGUUGGCAUUUUCAUCAACAUGGUGUGCUGCAGGAUCAAGUUUACAUCAGGUCAGACGUUAGAGGGCAUUUCCAAGUUAGUACAAAGUGACUAUAUUGGGAACCUUCCACACCAGAACUGCUCUCUCGCACAAAUACAACAUGACCUUGGCCACCAAGGACAGUCACUUUUCAACACAACCUUGUCUAUCCAAAAUCGUUCCAUUCCCAAAGAUUCCGGUGACAAGACCAUAUCAUUCGAUAUGCAAAGGACAUAUGAUCCGACCGAAUACCCCGUCACGGUGAAUGUUGAAACUACUAAGGAUCGGGAGGGUAUUAUGCUCAGAUACUGGACAGAUAUGGUGUCUGACAGCCAGGCAGAGGCCUUGGCGGAUGCUAUUGCUAAAGUAUUUACAUGCUUUAUUGAGAGCCCGUCCAGAUUGGUAUCAGAGCUCAAGCUUGCCCCAAGCCAGGAUACCUCCGCUAUCAGUAACCCCGCUUUGACGGACUUGGACAUACUUAACAGUGAUGCUUUACGGAAAGUGAUUGACAUCCGUGUGAAUGAGACAAUCAGCCAGAUGCUCAAGGAAGGGAAGCUAGCUCUGCCCACUGUGCAUGAGCUUCAUAUUAAAGCAUCCAAUGGUUCAUUCCCAUCGAGACGGAUGCCUCGGGAAAAGGAUCUUUCUGAUUCUACACUGACGUUGACCGACCGUAGCAGAGCAUCGAGCGACAGCAGAGAAUCGACUAGCCUUGAAAAGCGGCUCUGGACACUCUGGAGCUCUGCACUAGGGCUGCCUUCCAGUGCUAUCAUCCGCAAGAGCAGCUUCUUCAAGCUUGGUGGUGAUAGCAUAACGGCCAUGAAAAUGGUUGGCGCUGCUAGGGAGGAAGGCCUCGCACUGAGUGUCGCAGAUGUCUUUAGCAAUCCUGUAUUCGAAGACAUGCUAGCCAUAGUCACCGCUAAGGAUGUCCCAGCGGUUUUUGAGAGCCAUGCUCAAGUCACCCAGGUUACUCAACUUAGUGAGAAAGUUAUAGAAUCACCGGUCGUUAUUACAAGGGCAGUCACACCUGAUGAGAUGUCAUUGCUGAGGCCUACACCGAUCGACGACUCAUCUUUGCAGGCCAGUAUCUGCUCUAGGAUUGGUGUCUUCAGAGGUGGCAUUGCCGACGUUCUUCCAGUUACAGAUUUCCAAGCCAUGUCGAUUACGGCAAGUCUCUUCAAGUCAAGAUGGAUGCUGAACUACUUCUUCCUUGAUGGUAAGGGUCCAUUAGACAUCAGAAGGCUUAGAGAAAGUUUCCUACGAGUGGUCGAUGCAUUUGAUAUUCUUCGGACAGUGUUUGUCUGCUUCCACGGCCAGUUCUUCCAGGUUGUCCUAAGAAAGAUGAAACCGGAAAUCACUGUUCAUGAAACAGAUAAAAGCUUGGAUGACUAUACUGAGUCCCUACAGCAGCAUGACCGGGAACAGGAUCCACGGCAAGGCGAGCAAUACGUGCAGUUCUAUGUCGUGAAAAAGAAGAGCACCAAUCAUCACCGUAUCCUGAUCAGAAUGUCACACACUCAGUUCGAUGGCGUCUGCCUGCCACGAAUCAUGUCCGCCAUCAAGAUGGGUUACGAGGGUAGCCCUAUUCCCCCUACUUCUUCCUUUUCAAAUUACAUGCGCAUGCUCCCCGGAAGUAUCUCCCCGGAACACUAUCAACAUUGGGCGACACUCCUCCAAGGAUCUCAAAUGACCGAUAUCAUCAGAAGACAGACACCUAACAAUUUCCAACAUAUUGGCUCUUUCACAGCGCAGAAGAAAGCAAUUGAGAUUUCAGCUACAGUUAUCGGCGAUGUAACCCUCGCCACGGUUAUGCAGUCAGCAUGGGCUAUGACACUUGCUAAGCUUUCUGCGCAGUCUGAUGUCGUAUUCGGGCUCACAAUAAGCGGCAGAAACGCAACAAUCCCAGGCAUCGAAAGCACCGUCGGACCAUGUCUCAACAUGAUUCCGGUUCGGGUAAAAUUCGGAGAACGAUGGACUGGCCUUGAUCUAUUUCGCUACCUCCAGGAUCAACAGGUGUCCAACAUGCCAUAUGAGUCCUUAGGAUUCAGAGAAAUAAUCCGAAACUGCACCGACUGGCCCGAUUCCACGUUCUUUACCACCUCGGUCUUCCACCAGAGCGUCGAGUACGAGGGACAUAUGCAGCUCGAUGAUAACAUGUAUAGAAUGGGAGGUGUCGGCGUCGUGGAUAACUUCACAGAUAUCACUGUAGUAUCCAAACCAACUGGCGACGGCAGACUCUACAUCACCCUCGCAUAUUCCCAACGAAGCGCAAUCGACACCGACUUUGCCGCGAAAAUCCUCGACAUGCUUUGCGAGACAGCCCAUAGCCUCAUCACCAACCCCAGGAUCGCUCUCCCGUCUCCAUCCACACUCCGCUCUCUGCCCUGUCAAGUCGUCGACGACCUCCCUAGACCCACAGAAGAACAUUUCCUUAACUCAAACCUCAACAGCAGGAGUAUCUCUGAGCUCCUCGUACACUCAGACAUCCUCAACAAAGCCUGGCAACAGGUCCUGCCGAGCAGAGACCCGGACACCCCACGCCCACCUUUCCAGCUGAACUCCUCGUUCUUUGGGCUAGGUGGCGACAUCUUCAGUAUGGGCCAAUUGGCCUGGUGUCUAGAGCAAGAAGGUCUCCAAGUCCGUCUCGAGGAACUUCUCGAACACCCUACUUUCCUAGGCCAUUUGGCCGUGCUGGCAUUGCAUAACGCGAAGCAGGAGACAGUGGUAGAGGGAACGAGAACUAUUGGGGAGGGGGCUCGUGUGCCGUCUGUUAAGAAUAGAUCGAAGACUGGGAACUGGAAUCCCCUGGGCAAAGCUGUCUUAUUGGCAAGGAGGUUUACCACAAAAUGGAGCUCGAAAGCAUGA